ACAGCAGUGCCUACAGAGACACCUCCUGCAGCCCCUACGGCAGUGCCUACAACAGUGUCUACAGCGUCUACGGGAGCACCUGCUACAUCGCCUACUGACGUUACGGUACCUACAGAUGCGCCUACUUCGGCACCUUCACUUGCAACCACAGUGCCUACGCCUGCGACGACCGCUGAUGAGACGCCCAUCACGUCGACCACGGAAACGGCAGCCAGGACUGUACCGUUGGCCGAGGAUGACGUUGAUACCACUACACCAAGUCUUCUACCUACGACCACAAUAGAACUGACUCCAGCUCCCUCAGCUGCGACGACGGUGACUGGCUAGAUGACUUUCGUUUCGACGCCAGCUGAAACGAUAUCGGGUGCAUUUGUUGCAUUUGGUGCAUUUACUGCUUAAACCUGAAGGAGUUAUCAGUGCACCCUACCCUCGACCUGUGCAGUCAGGGGGAAUUCCACAUUAGCGGCAUAUGCACGCUCCAAUUAUUCGUUCAUAUCUUGGAACACUAUCGAAAGUGUCUAGUGGUUUUCAAUGCUCUCCAUAUCCUUCACACACACCUUUACUCCAUGUACUCAAUGUGGAUGGAUAUAGGGCUGGGUGGCCGCAUCGGUUGCUCGUAGCCGUGUAGCCUCUCCGUGGCUGUGCUACGUCCGCGCCAUCUAUCGAGCUCGAUGUCAUGCCUGCUGUCACUAAGUCUCCCUUGUGUCACGCCUGAACAAGAGACGACCAGCAGCGCCCUCUAUGGUCAUGUGGCAGUCCAAUGUUUUUUGCUGUUGUUCUUCUUGUUGUUGUUAGUUUACUUAGAUUUGGAUUUUGUUUUGGAAGGAAAGUGUCAGUGAUCUAGUGAUCUGAUCACGGACAUUGAAACGGAUUAAAAAAAAUGAAAAGUCUUGCAGAAAUUUUAACGUAGAUUAUUUCCCUGCUCUCUCAGCCACUCUGCCAAAGGUUGAAGUAUAUUUGUUCACACUGCUGUUAAAAUGAAUAUUAAAGAACGUGAAAAGUACAUAGAGGAGUUUGACUUUCCACAUUGCGACGAUGCUACGAAAUACGAGAAAGUGGCCAAAAUCGGUCAAGGUACUUUUGGAGAGGUGUUCAAAGCCAAGGAACGGAAGAACCCUAAAAAAUUUGUAGCUAUGAAAAAGGUUUUGAUGGAUAAUGAAAAAGAGGGGUUUCCUAUUACUGCUCUUCGAGAAAUACGUAUUCUUCAACUUUUGAAACAUGAAAAUGUGGUUAAUCUCAUAGAAAUAUGUAGGACUAAAGCUAAUGCCACCAAUAGAUAUAGGUCAACGUUUUACCUUGUAUUUGACUUCUGUGAACAUGAUUUAGCUGGACUUCUCUCCAAUGUAAAUGUUAAAUUUAAUUUAGGGGAAAUUAAGAAAGUAAUGCAGCAGCUUUUAAAUGGGUUAUAUUAUAUUCACAGCAACAAAAUUCUACACAGAGACAUGAAAGCUGCAAAUGUGCUCAUCACUAAAAAUGGUAUACUGAAACUUGCAGAUUUUGGUCUAGCCAGGGCUUUCAGUAUUAGUAAAAAUGGGACUGCUAAUAGGUACACUAAUCGGGUGGUAACACUGUGGUACAGACCCCCUGAACUCCUGCUGGGUGACCGGAAUUAUGGUCCUCCCGUAGAUCUGUGGGGUGCGGGCUGUAUCAUGGCUGAAAUGUGGACUCGUAGCCCUAUCAUGCAAGGAAACACUGAACAACAGCAACUCACACUUAUUAGCCAAUUGUGUGGAUCAAUAACAACUGAUGUAUGGCCUGGUGUAGAAAAUCUGGAUCUCUUUUCCAGAAUGGAACUUCCACGGAAUCAGAAGCGGAAGGUUCGAGAACGUCUAAAGCCGUAUGUUAAGGAUCCGUAUGCUUGUGACCUGUUGGAUAAACUACUAAUUUUGGAUCCAAGUAAACGAAUCGAUUCAGACUCUGCUCUGAACCAUGAUUUCUUUUGGUGUGAUCCUAUGCCUGGUGAUCUGUCAAAAAUGCUUGCCCAACACACACAGAGCAUGUUUGAGUACACAGCUCCUCCCAGGAGAGCUGGCCACAUGCGUCCUCACCAUCAUCAACCCAUCCAGAAGCCUUCCCAUAUGGACUCUGGAUACCAAGACCGAGUUUUCUGAGUACCGCCAGCUCCCCCCCUGAUGCACGGAGCCUCCUCUGAAGUAAAGAGGGAGCAUUCUCGUCCAUCAUGGUGGGUUCCUUCUCGGGAGGGGAGCGCGGCCGACAUGAAUUCGCCGCUCAAAAAGCAAAAGUUCCAAGCCAAGAAACCAACUCGUUACACUCCAGGCGCUGGACUGGUGCCUGCUGAAGCCCCGGUGUGCUCGCUAACGCCCACGAUCCAGGGGGUUUCGGGGGUUUCCCAGUCCAGUUUGCCUCUACCACUGCCAGCAGGGCCCACGGGUCCCCUAGGAAGACCACUGUCGCCCCCUGCAGCCCCUACUCCUGGACGUGGCCGAUCGGGGGGACCAAAUUGUACCACAGCUCGACGUCCACACACUGAUCAACAAAUUGUAGAUGACAAACUACAACCAAAGUAGGAGGAUUUUACUACAUGCUAUGUAUGCUUUUUUGUUGUCUGAUAGAUUUAACUGUUAAUUGUUAGUGUAAAAUAUGAUAUGCAUCCUAAUAGAGGUCUUUGUUGUUCUUCUAAAAUUUAAGGAAAUUUAAAUGUAUAUGGUAUGCACUGUUAAACUUGUUAAACUUGUAAUAUUUCAAUGUGUGGUUAAGAUGGUGCUUGUUAUAAUUUAUGCAAGUGACCAUUGUACUGAAACAUGUAUUCUUGAAGAUCCUUCAUUCAUAUAUAACAAUGUCAUACUUCCUGUACUUUGCAAGGAGCUCAUCUGACUGAAUCUUCACUCUGUAAAUUAUAAUUCCUGAUAUUUCUUACCCAUUUACUCAUGAUUUGUGCAUUGUAAUGAUAAUUGUUUAUUAUAUAGCUGUAAAAAGUUGUCACAGUUUUCUCUUUUUUAUUUAAAAUGAUUUCAAUCAUUUCAGCCAAAAAAGUGGACCACUAUUGUUAACACUUGUUAACCUGUAAAUAUCAGGAAUCCUCCUCAUGCUUCUUUUGUUCUUAUUUUGUACAUUUAAGAUGUAGUCUUCCUCCAUAUUGUGUUUGAAUAGACUAAUAUUUAACACAGCAAUAAAGUUGGAUUCUUGGCAUA